AUGAGUGGCCGAGGAGGUUACGCCAAUGGAUACGGGCACCCCGACGCCAGCCGAUAUGACCACACCGAUGGAGGUUAUGGCAACAGCAGCAAUCUGGCUGUAAACGGCUACGGAGGAGGUGGACGAGAGCGUCGGCCGGGAGGCUAUGGUGGAUUUUAUCCUGAGACUCCACAGCAACCUGGGUUGUCGCCAUCCCAAUCACCCGACCGACGCCGUGAAAGACGGGAUUGGGAUCGAGAUCACGGAUAUUCAUCAUCACGCUCACGCACGCGAGAACGAGACGGGGACCCCGAGAGGAAGCUACAAAGUUCGUCGCGCGAUGGCCGGCCUCAAGGGGACAAUGGUCGGUUGCCAGAUAGCAGCCGAGAGAAAGAUCAAAAUAUCCCCAGUAAUAACUCGGCUGGAUCGCAGGCUGUUGAAGAAAUUUUACAGUCCAUCCAACAAGAAUGGGAUCUCGUAGCCUCGGACGAAUGCGUCCCAGUUCAGGUAGCUUUACAAUUAAUGGACACAAGUACACUGGGGAAAGCCGAUCGCGAGCCCGAAUUUUUGGGUGUGCAUAAUCGAAUUCAAAGGACUUUGAAAUCUGUUGUCAACGAACACCACCAGGGCUUUAACAGCUCAAUUGGUACUUACCACAAGAUUCAGUCAAGUAUUCAAAGCUCCCAAGGCCGAGUUCGUAACUUGAAACAUGCUCUGGAACAGGCUAAGUCGGGGUUACUGUCAACUAAGCCCGAACUAAAAGACUUAGCGACCUCCUCUCAGAAGUACGACGAUAUUAUCCAGUUGUUUAGUCAAAUCCAAGAGAUACAAUCUCUUCCGGAGAAGCUGGAGUCGCGAAUAUCCGAUAAGCGAUUCCUCGCCGCCGUUGAGGUACUUCACGAUGCUUUCCGUCUCUUACGACGCUCCGAGCUGGACAAUAUCGGCGCUCUCGCAGAUAUUCGCGCCUACUUCACUAACCAAGAAAUAUCACUUACAGAUAUAUUGAACAACAGCCCAAGUCAAUCCGGAUGGGCUGGCACAUCUUGGGACAGACCGGUUUAUACUUUCCUCGCGAAGCUGGACGCUUCGGCACCCAUGGUGGAGGAUGCUUCUCGUAACCCGGAAGCUGACACAUUCUACUAUAUCCGACUCUUAAUCGAAGCAUUGAAUAAAAUGGGUCAUUUGGAUAUCGCUGUCGACCGGAUUGAACAGCGGCUUCCAGUUGAACUCUUUGCGGUGGUUGACAAAACAAACGCGGAAGUUGACGCACGCUUUCCAGAUUUGACUCGUGGCUUUGCAGCGAAGGAGAGUAAGACAAACCUACCGACUGAAACAAUCGAGAACCGUGGGCAUGUCUUAUCUGAGUUUUUGUGGACCUUGUAUGCCAAAUUCGAGUCUAUUGCGGAAGGUCAUCGCGUUGUCCAUGAUGUCAUUGCAGCUAUUGUUGAACGUGAAGGCAUUCCUAAAAGCAGCUCUCUUGCAGGGGGUUUCAAGGAGCUGUGGAAACUCUACCAAAGUGAGAUUCGAUCACUCAUGCAUGAUUAUCUAGCGACUGAUGGAGAGUCAUCCCUCCGGCCAGGAGGUGAAGACGACUCCAAGCGCCAUCUUUACUCAGGCUACAGAGACAAGAGCAAGAAAAUGUUCAAACUGUCCGAGACGGAUGGGACGACGGAAAUGAAAGCCGAACAAAAUGAAUUAGAUGAAAUACUCCGCUCUUCUGUCCCAGGUCUGGUGUCGAAGACAAGACAGAAAUCUACUCCGAAUGGGACUUCGGAUUCCAAGCAAGGAAAUUCAGGAACUGGUCAUAAGAUUCUUAUCGAACCAAGUGUAUUCAACAUGAGCAUCCUUCUUCCACCUUCGCUCUCUUUCAUUCAACGCCUAAAGGAAAUUGUACCCGUGGAUUCCGAUAUUGCUAUGAGUACUUUGACUUCCUUCUUAGACGACUUUAUGGUCAACGUGUUCCUCCCCCAGCUUGAUGAGACGGUCACAGAUCUCUGUAUGUUGAGUUACAUUACACCAGAUGCAUUUACAGAAGAUCCCCAAUGGCUGGCGGUGUCUCCGCGUCCAGUCUUCAAGGGUACGGUUAAAUUCAUGUCCAUCAUCCGCGAGUUCAGUAAAAUGCUGUCUAGUAUCCCCCAUGACCAAGCAUUCACACAACUACUGAUCACACAAAUCGUGAAUUAUUACGAUAAAUGCUGUGGGUGGUACAGAGCCAUCGUGACCAAAAUCUCUCCUCGUGACAAUGGUGAAUUCCGACUCAAGGCCGCUGCACAAUAUGCCAGAUCAGGUGACAUCCACGAUGUAGUCAGUGAGCUAUGGAAAACAGAAGCAAGUAACAAGGAAGAGCUUGUAGAUAAGGAAACUAACCUGCUCCUCGAACAUACAAACGAAGUACCUUUGGAGCCGUACGAUAUCAUCUCUGAUCCUAAAACCGUCAUGGCUCUCUCUCUUCUAUAUAACAGCACACAAUGGCUUGCAAGCCAUUUAUUGAAAUUGCGCCAAGUUACGCAGCCAUCAUCUGAACCACGGCACCCACAAGAAAGCGGGCCACCAAACCGCAGAUGGACCUUGAUUGGUGCUAUGGUGCCAAAGCAUGAGGGAUCAAACCAACCAGUGUACCUUCCCUUAAACCAAGAAACUGCGACUGCGUUCGAUACUACUAUCGAAUCGCUGCGCGAUCUUUCUUCAACCGCACUUUUCGCUUUACACAUUGACAUUCGGUGUGGCAUUAUUCAUAUGCUCACGAGGACCAUGGCUGGCCCCAACCCCAGGAAUAAUCGCCAUUCCGAACCUACAACUCCCUCCCCCAACUCGAACAUUACUUGGUGGCAUAUAGUCCUGAACCAGCCAACUUCCGCUUCACCAACUGUACUUGAACUAAACAAUGAUCUAAUCUCUUUCGAUACAAACAUCUCUUCGUAUCUGGGAUCAGCCGAGCGCUGGUAUAUCACAUCAGGACUGGCCAGAUUUAUCGAUCAGGUGUUUAUUGCGCGUGCCCAUCUUAUCGGCGCGAUGAAUGAGAAUGGGGCGCUGCGGCUUCAGUUGGACGUCCUCGUCCUCCAGCAAAACCUGAAGAAUAUCAUCAUUGACCCGGGUAUGGAUACAGAUGAGGAAGAAAAUGCUCAGCGGGCAUCUGAGCAGCACCGUGAGGUUGUCGCUCUUCCGCGUAGUGCUAAGUUCCUGGACUGGUUCCUGGAAGGCGCCGAGAAGGCUCUCGACUACGCAAAAGAUGAGAAAGAAUCAUUCGCAACACACCCUGAGAAAGCUUUGGCUGCUGGCAAUGGCGAGCCAUUUACCUACGAUGAACUCAGGAUCCUUGUCGAUCUAUGCUUCUCAGAUAUUCUCAAAGGACCUAGAGGUGCAGAGAACCGGGAAGAGUUCAUGGCUGCAAAGAAAGCGAGCGCAGACGCACUCCUAAGGUUGAAUGAGAUAAUGUGGGAUUCUAGGUAGUAGGGCCUCUAUUCCUUCAAGGACUUGUGCAUUC